GCCGCCCGCCCGACUGCGCCGGGGGAUGUAGAGCCCGCUCGCCGCCUCCUGGACCUCCGUCGGAACCUCCGCCCCGUGGCCCUGCGUCUCCCCAGGUGACCACGCCGGCUUCAGGACAUGCACGGGCACAGCCGCAACGGGCAGGCCCACGUGCCCCGGCGGAAACGCCGCAACCGCUUCGUCAAGAAGAACGGCCAAUGCAACGUGUACUUCGCCAACCUGAGCAACAAGUCGCAGCGCUACAUGGCGGACAUCUUCACGACGUGCGUGGACACGCGCUGGCGCUACAUGCUCAUGAUCUUCUCGGCGGCCUUCCUCGUCUCCUGGCUCUUCUUCGGCCUCCUCUUCUGGUGUAUCGCCUUCUUCCACGGCGACCUGGAGGCCGGCCCGGCGGCGGCGGCGGCGGCAGCGGCGGCGGGUGGGGCCCCGACGGGUGGCGGCGCGGCAGCCCCGGCGGCCCCCAAGCCCUGCAUCAUGCACGUGAACGGCUUCCUGGGCGCCUUCCUGUUCUCGGUGGAGACGCAGACGACCAUCGGCUACGGCUUCCGGUGCGUGACGGAGGAGUGCCCGCUGGCGGUCAUCGCCGUGGUGGUCCAGUCCAUCGUGGGCUGCGUCAUCGACUCCUUCAUGAUCGGCACCAUCAUGGCCAAGAUGGCCCGGCCCAAGAAGCGGGCGCAGACGCUGCUCUUCAGCCACCACGCGGUCAUCUCGGUGCGCGACGGCAAGCUGUGCCUGAUGUGGCGCGUGGGCAACCUGCGCAAGAGCCACAUCGUGGAGGCCCACGUGCGGGCCCAGCUCAUCAAGCCCUACAUGACCCAGGAGGGCGAGUACCUGCCGCUGGACCAGCGGGACCUCAACGUGGGCUACGACAUCGGCCUGGACCGCAUCUUCCUGGUGUCGCCCAUCAUCAUCGUCCACGAGAUCGACGAGGACAGCCCGCUCUACGGCAUGGGCAAGGAGGAGCUGGAGUCGGAGGACUUUGAGAUCGUGGUCAUCCUCGAGGGCAUGGUGGAGGCCACGGCCAUGACCACGCAGGCCCGCAGCUCCUACCUGGCCAGCGAGAUCUUGUGGGGCCACCGCUUCGAGCCCGUGGUCUUCGAGGAGAAGAGCCACUACAAGGUGGACUAUUCGCGCUUCCACAAGACCUACGAGGUGGCCGGCACGCCCUGCUGCUCGGCCCGGGAGCUGCAGGAGAGCAAGAUCACCGUGUUGCCCGCCCCGCCGCCGCCGCCCAGUGCCUUCUGCUACGAGAAUGAGCUGGCCCUCAUGAGCCAGGAGGAAGAGGAGAUGGAGGAGGAGGCAGCGGCCGCUGCUGCCGUGGCCGCGGGCCUGGGCCUGGAGGCGGGCUCCAAGGAGGAGGCGGGCAUCAUCCGAAUGCUGGAGUUUGGCAGCCACCUGGAUCUGGAGCGCAUGCAGGCCACCCUCCCUCUGGACAACGUCUCCUACCGCAGGGAGUCUGCUAUCUGACCUCCAGGCCCCGCCCUCGUCACUUCCCACAAUAGCCUCUGCCGGGGGGGUGGGAUGCCAGGACACCCCCUCCACACUCAGGACAGAGCUGCCCCUGGCUCCGUGGACCUUCUGGAGGGAGGUGGGGGCUUCAGAGACUGCGGGACCCCUCCCCAGUGACUCCAGAGCCCAGGAUACCCUCCGCCCUAUCAGCCGACCCACUGGCGUCUCGGGGACCCCAGACCCACCACCCUUUUCCCACUGACACUCCAAGGACAUGCCCCCUCUGCUCUCAGAACCUUGGGGAAGGCGGCUGGACUGCUGGGGGGGGUGGGCA